CUCCGCCAAAAGGGGACUUUUGUCGAGUUGUCGCGGUAUCGCAGUACUCAUUCUCAGACGCGUCAUCUUACGGUUGAAUGCAGUGAAGCAUCGAGUAGGCGGCAGACGUUGAACCCAAUUAAGCCGCGAGCGCUUCAUAAGGACCCUCAGUGACCGGCGAUUCUGUCACUUGAGCCUGCGGUGGCCUUUCUGGCGUUCACACCACCCGCAACGACCAUGGAGCUUGAACACAAACAACAGAUCAUCACCAACGACGCAUUCGCCCGUUCCGAUAGUUCAGCAUGGAGCUCCGUGCUAUGCCUUCGAAACUUUGAUCUCAAUCCUCACCAUGAGGAAGUCAUUUUCUCCAUCGUUCCUUGCUCUAUCGCAUUAAUCUGGGGACUUUAUCGUCGCCACCAGCUCCAGGCUAGAGCAGUGGUCUCACCCGGACACGUCCGCCCAGUGGCUAACCUGGUUAGCCUCAUCAUUUUGAGCUUCCUGUUACUUUUGAUCGCACCCACCUCAAUCGCCAUCGUACCGAUUGCUGUCGUGUUGACAUCCGGUAUCGUCAGAUAUGCAGGGCAGCAGAGCGACGCCUGGAUGGACCAAGGGUCAGGUCUUCUCACGCUCAAGCAGGUCCUCUGGCAGGCUCUCACGGCGUUCCAAAUCAUCUCACUCAUGAGAGUCGCCCUUAAAAGAGACAGUCAAAGUCAAUUUGGUGUCAAUCUUGCUUCUUGGAUCUUGUCGGUUACGACCAGUGUCCUUUCCACAUUGCUAUCGGAGCGCGAGCAUCGCAAAUCACUCGCUCCAUCAGCCCUCCUGCAGCUUUUCCUACUGAUCACCAUAUUUCUCGACGCAGCUCGCGUGAGAACGGCUUGGCAUCUAUCACCGCAAAUCAACAGCGAGGGUUACACCGCCCUGCUCUUGACAGUUCAAGUCAUCCUCAAGGUACUCUUACUCGCAGCCGAGUCGGUGUCAAAACCAGUCAUCAUCGCCAUCCCAGCUAGGCGGGUCUCGAGAGAGGAGAAAGCAGGUAUCUUUGGCAAGAGCUUCGCGACAUGGGUCAACCCUCUGCUGCGCCUAGGGUGGAAGAAGAACCUCGUAGCAGAAGAUCUCGAUCCUCUUGACGAAAGUCUUGAUGGAGAGGCGGUGCUUGAGCGGCUUUCCUCGGCGUGGAAGAACGUCGAUCAGGACAGGAAUCACGCCCUCGUCAUAGCAGUUCUCAAGGCCUUCCGAGCCGAGCUGUUCUUCAUCCACAUCCCGCGCGUCGGCAUGGUAGUCUUUGGUCUCACGCAACCUCUCCUCGUGCAAACCACAAUCGAGUACAUCCAAAACCACAGUGACAAGCCCAUUAGCUAUGGUCAAACUCUCAUCGCCGCUUUUGCCAUCACAUAUCUCGGACUAUCCAUCUCCACCAGAUGGUCCGGGCAACUCACUCACCGCCUCAUCACCCGCAUACGCGGCGCCCUCAUCGCCAUCAUCUACCAGAACAUGCUGACCCUCCACGCCGAGAUAGGUAACUCACAAGCGGCGGUCGCGCUGAUGAGUACCGAGGUUGAGCGCAUCACCGUGGCGGCUCAGUGGUGCGUCGCCAUCGUCCCUAAUCUUAUCCAGCUCGGGUUCGCCAUGUGGAUCAUGAGCGAGCAGCUCGGAGCUGUGAGCGUUGCUCCUAUCGUCAUCGCGCUUCUCAGUGUGUCGGCCGGUAUCAGAACAGGCCAGUUGAUCCCACCGCGGCAGAGGAAGUGGAUGCAGGCGAUCCAGAAGCGGGUUGGUAUCACUACCGAAAUCAUUGGGUCAGUCAAGGGCGUCAAGAUGAGCGGUCUGACUAGCACAGUCCAGGACCAGAUACAAGGUCUCCGGGACUUUGAGCUGGAUGAGUCCAAGAAGUUCAGAAGAGUGCAGAUUCUCAACGUUCUCAUCGGCCAAUUCCCAUCUAUCAUGACCCCGUCCAUCACCUUCGCCGCCUUUGGAAUCAUCUCGAAACUAUCCGGUGGCCAACCUCUUAACGUGGUUCAGGCUUUCACAUCUCUCAGUCUCCUCGGGAUCCUGAUCAACCCCGUCUCCGAGCUCGUCAUGAUCCCGAACAACCUUGGAGCAGCCAUCGGGUGUCUUGACAGGAUCCAAGAGUACCUCGUUAAAGAGAAGCGGGAGGAUCAUCGACUCGUCAAACCAAAUACAUCUCCAGACCCCGCCGUGCAGGAAGACAAUGGGACCAGCGAACCACCGCAAGCUGGCAGCCAGGCACAACCCCUGAUCAGAGUCUCGGACGGUUCCUUCGGCUGGCACAAAGGCCAAGCCAUUGUCAAGUCAUUAGACCUCGAGAUCCGUCCAGGAAGCCUCACAAUCCUCGUCGGACCAGUCGGCUCCGGCAAAUCUACUCUACUCAAAUCCCUCGUGGGGGAAACGUACCGCAUCUCGGGGUCGGUGGAGUAUGCAAGCUCAACAGACGUAGCAUACUGCGACCAAGACCCCUGGAUCCUGAACCAGAGCAUCAAGGAAAACAUCAUCGGCGGCGUCUCUUCGCACGACGCGGCAGACUCUUAUGACAAGGUCAUUCGCGCAUGUCAGUUGGACGAGGAUCUUAAUCUACUCCCGGAAGGCGAUACGGCCAUAGUCGGAAGCUCGGGUUCCGCUCUUAGUGGUGGUCAGAAGCAUCGUAUUGCACUUGCUAGAGCCGUUUACAGCGGAAAGCAGAUCAUCAUCAUGGACGACAAUCUGAAAGGCCUGGACUCCAAAACGGCUUCAAAAUGCUUCAAUGCACUAUUUGGGACCGAUGGACUUUUACGCGGAGAGGGGAGGGCCGUGAUCUUUGCAACACACAACGCCCAGUGGCUUCGUUCCGCGGACAAUAUCAUCUCCCUCGGUAGCGAUGGAACCAUCUCCGAGACAGGCCUGUACGAAGACCUCUGUAAGACUGGAGGCUACAUUAGCACUCUCAAGGUCACUCAGAAAAGUGGCCAGGAAGAGCGCGACUCUGUGGAAGCAGAAGUUGAAGCCGAAGAGAACAGAAACAAGAAAGACAAGGCUGCCGCGGUCCCCAAGCCGGAUGACUCGUCUAAGACCAAGACUCGCGGCGCCGCGAAUACGAGCUCCCUCUUGUACUAUAUCAAGUCCAUGGGACUUACACCCUUCGGGCUUUUUGUGGUGAUGGUCAUCUUUCAGACGAUAUGCAGAAUUAUGCAACGCCUCUGGGUAAAGUUCUGGGUCGCCGCCAACGAGGGAGGAGGACAAGAGAAUCUGGCGAUGUGGGUUGGCGUCUACCUCCUCUGGGGCGUCUUGACGGAAAUGGCCCUUGCCAUCGAGUGCUACUACUUCCUUGUUGUCAUUGUUCCACACUCGGCCAAAGGGCUUCACUUUAGCGUCCUCAAAGCCGCCCUCUCCGCACCCCUAUCUUUCUUCGUCAAGACCGAUACAGGCAUCAUCAUCAACCGAUUUAGCCAAGACAUGAACCUCGUCGACCUUCCCCUUCCCCUCGCCUUCAUGCUGACCUUCGACAACCUCACCCUCGCAAUAGCAGACAUAACCCUGACAACCCUCGCCACACCAACCCUCUCCCUCUCCAUCCCAGUCCUCGUCCUCAUCCUCUACCUCCUCCAAAGAAUCUACCUCCAAACAUCCCGCCAAAUCCGCCUCCUCGACCUCGAAACCAAAUCUCCGCUCUUUUCCCACUUCAUCGCCUCCGCCACCGGCCUCGUCACCAUCCGCGCCCUCGGACCCCACUGGACAUCCCGCGUGCAAUCGCAGAACCUACAGCGGCUAGAUCUCUCCCAGCGCGCCUUCUACGCCACGGGAAGUCUGCAGAAGUGGCUUCUACUGCGUACCCGUCACACGGCUUCGAGAAUCUCUCGUUGCGCUGCCACAGGAUCCGCUCUUUCUACCCGGGACUGUUCGUCUAAACCUGGACCCGUUCGAGUCUUGUAA